UUCGGGCACAUCUACGGAGUACUCAUUCCAGCUCACGCAAUCGGGAAAUUCGACAAGUCAGGGUCAGAGCAAGGGAUUGUUUCAUCAUAAUCUCCCCCCACCUCACCUCUCAUCUGCUUCAUCAUUGACCCAGACCGCAGCGGCGAAAAGUGACAUCAGAUUGUACCGGCUCCAUGCCCGCGAUGAAGGCUAUAUAAACCUCUGGAAGUGUGGGAUUGAAUUGUUCAUCUCACUCAUAAUCAAAGCAAUCAACUCUUGCGAUUCCACUCCACGAUCUCACCUUACCAUUCUUUCUUCAUUUUCCUAUCUUAAACAAACUACCUCCACCAAAACAUAAAAAUGUCUUCUCCUCACCAGGGCGGCAGACUCGAGGACAUGGCCGCGAAGGGCACCUCGAUCCCCAACGACGCAGGCAUCCAGAACACCAUCCCCUCGGUGCCGCGUCCAGACCAGCGCGCCGAACACAGCGGCUUCGACAACUACGGCGUCGCUCAGCCCUCCUCCGCCUUCGCAGCCGACAACGCCACUGACAUGCCGCGCAGCGCCCGCGACAUGGGCGCCACCGGCGAGGUGCUCACCGGCACCGGCAACUCCCUGCCCGCUGAAGCCGAGUCCAAGCGCACCUUCAUCGGCAACCAGCACCCCGGCGCCAAAGGCCACGGACGCGACCUCAAGCACCGCAACAUGAACCGCAGUGCCUAUGAUCGCUUUGCCGCUGAGGAGGAUGAUGCGGCUAGUGAGCAUCAGAUUCGGAAUGAGUAAAUUCCUUGUUUAUUGGUUGAGCAGCGUUUUUGGUAUGGUGGAUUAAGCUGUGGCUGGUAUGCGGCUUUUUCUCCUUGGGAUGGAAUGGGUUUUUCCAAUGUAUUAUAGGUAUUUCAUGAUGAUCAUGACCCGGAUUAUUCUUUGGAUGGGUCGUUUUUGUAUAAUGAAGGAUGCAUUUGAAUGAUGUGAUG